AUGCGCAUUCCAAUUAUUCUUGGAGGCUUAGCCUCAAUCGCUCUUGCUUGCGACAACCCAGAUCACGAUGCUUGCGCUAACGCUUUCACCGUUUCUGCCGCAGCUGCUGGUCCUUUCUGCGCCACAUACACUCAAUCGGCAAACGCGGCAACGACCGAUCUUCCCGCUUUUGCUUCAGCAUGUGCAUACAAGCCAAAGAAAUUGUCUAGUGCAUGCAGCUGUCUUAGCGUACCCACCACUUUGGCUACUGUUUCCAAGAGCUCAAGCGCCGCUGUCAGCGCUUCGGCCACCACCUCGGUCACAGCUUUAACUCACGUAGCAGUAACCACCUCCGCUUCAAGCACUGCAGUCGCAUCCAGCGCAUCUGCAGCUAGCGCAGUCAUCACACCGGCACCAUCAGCCCCAGCCGGAUGCACAGCAACAGCUUAUGCUGAUAUUGCCUCCGUUGUUGCCUCGUGCACAAACAUCGUCUUGGAUAACAUUUCAGCACCAGCAAGCUCCACCAUUGAUCUUCAAAAGCUCAAAGACGGAACUACCGUCACUUUCUCCGGAAAGACUACUUUUGGAACCACUUCCGAUGAUAGCUUCAACCCAAUUGUCGUCAAGGGUAAGAACAUUACCCUUACUGGAGCUCCUGGACACGUCAUUGAUGGAAAUGGACCUGCAUACUGGGAUGGAGAGGGUUCUAACGGAGGAACCAAGAAGCCUGAUCACUUCUUCGUUGUAAAGGAUAUCGUCAAUGGUGUUAUCAGCAACCUCAACAUCCAAAACUGGCCUACUCACUGCUUCGAUAUCACCGGUGCCAAGGGUCUUACCGUCUCAGGACUUACCCUUGAUAACUCUGCUGGAGAUGCCCCUAACUCAGCAUCUGGCAGCAAAGCAGCCGCACACAACAGUGAUGGAUUUGACAUUUCCAACUCCGACUCUGUAACCCUCAAGAACAUUGUUGUCAAGAACCAAGAUGAUUGCGUCGCCGUCACAUCUGGUUCUAACAUCCUCGUAACCGGAAUGGCCUGUUCAGGUGGCCACGGUCUCUCUAUCGGAUCCGUCGGUGGAAAAUCCAACAACACCGUCUCUGGCGUUACCUUCUCCGACUCCACCAUCACCAACAGUCAAAACGGAUGCCGCAUCAAGUCUAACUCUGGCAAGACCGGUACCAUCGAGAACGUCACUUACAGCAACAUCCAGAUGUCCAACAUCUCCAACUACGGUAUCGACGUUCAACAAGAUUACUUGAACGGUGGACCAACUGGCGAGCCAACAAACGGCGUUACCAUCUCCAACAUUGCCUUCUCCGGCGUCACCGGUACAACCACUAGCAACGCAUACAACUACUACAUCCUUUGCGGAAGUGGCUCCUGCUCCAACUUCAAAUUCACAGAUGUUAGCAUCUCUGGAGGUGGAAAGACCUCAUCCUGCAACUUCCCAUCUUCUGGAUGCCCUGCAUAA